AUAUUACUUUUAAAAUUAAAAAGGAAAAAUUAGAAAUCGAGAGGAAGAAGAGAGAUGGCGAUGAAGAUAACCAAAGAGGAAGUUGUAGAGAAGCUCAAGGACGACGGCGAUUUUGACCGUCUCCGCCUCAAGAUCAUACGCCGCCUUAAGGAUAACGAGGAAUUACGAAACAACAUGAUAUCAGUUGUCAAGGAGUCAACUGCUUUACAACGACCGGGUGCUCAAAAUAUGAAUACCAGGCAACUCUCUGAUGCGAUAUUCAAAGAAGUCGGGAGCAAGAUGCUGAGCCAGCUCUCAGAUGGGUUAUCGGGUAUAAUAAGAUCAGAAGACGGGAUGAAGAAUGAAAUCAGAGAAACAGUGCAAGCCGUCUACGCUACACUAUCUAACCCAGGAGGCGGAUCAUCCUCUAGAGAAGCAGAACAUAAGAUUUCAACACCAGUCCCAAAAUCAAGAGCUGAUCUCAACACCAGUCCAGCGAGUAAACAAAAGCAAGAUCUGAUCCGAGGAGUUGUAGGAGUAAACAACAAAGGAGAAGCAUGUAGUGAUGAAGAAGAAGAUCCUGAACUCCCUCCUGGUUUUGGCUAAAAAAAUGUAAUUUGCUUAUGUAGUUUAUGUAUCAACAAAACUCCCUUGAAAAUUAUUGCGUUUAAGGUACUAACAACACUAACUGUUUGUAAUAACAACAAUUACUACUGUACAUUGAUUUUUUUGUUCACAAAUUUUGUUAUACCAACCUACCAUCACGUUUAAUAAAAGUUGAUU